CAGUCUUUCCUCUGAGCUUCGUAAAGCAGCUUCUCUUUGCUUUUUUACUCUUCCCUCACACAGACGCUUUCAAACACUUGUCGUCUGAGCUGACACGAGGAAAAGCAGCAGCAGAGGGGCUUGUUUGCUCCAUCUCCUUCCACACCAUGCUGCCCUGGAGAAGGAAUAAGUUUGUUCUGGUGGAGGAUGAGGCCAAGAGUAAGCCCAAGAGUCUGGGGACUGGGCUGACUUACCACUCCAUACUGUCCUCUCUUCUGCGCUCUUGUCCUGACUUGCUACCCGACUGCCCCUUUGACUGGGUGGGCAGCAUCUUUCAUACCAAACGACAAAAGGUGGAGUUGAACAAAGAGGAGCCGAUUUACAAUGUACGCUACCUCGGCAGCGUGGUCACCAUCACAGCAAAAGGAGACGGCUGCACCCAGGAGGCAGUGGCCAAGAUCUGGGCGAGGAGCAACUAUGGGGAGCAGAGUGUUAAGAUGAGGUUAACGGUGGGACCACAAGGCAUCCGGAUGAGUGCUGAUAAAUCUGGGAAAAAGAAACCCAUCCAUCUUUACUCGCUGAACAGAAUCACUUAUUGCACUGCUGACCCGUGUCGACCCAAAAUUCUGGCUUGGAUCUACAGGCACCAGGUGAAGAACAUGGCAGUGGUGCUUCGGUGUCAUGCCGUCCUGGUCAGCAGGGCAGAGAAGGCCCAAGCCAUCGCCCACAGCAUCUACCAGAACGCCACCUCCGCCUUCAGCGAGUUUAAACGGCUGAAGCGUCAGAGCGACUUCCGGCACUGCCAGCAGCAGCUGCUGGGUGAGGAAGCAGUGCCCCUGAUGCCCCUGAGGAGGCUGCUGAAUGGGCAGUGCCACUACAGACCGCCUGCUGAAAACCCCGGUAGUGCCACCCGCCUCUGCUCCAUCACAGAGGAAGAAGAGGAGGAGGAUGAAAAAGACUGCAAAAACAAGAAGGAGGAGGAUGCUGAGGUACAGCAGAAGAAACAGAAGGUUUUAACAACAAACACAGACCCGACUCAGUUACUCUCAGAGCUGGACAUUGGGGAUAUUGCCCGACUGGAACAAUGCCAAAUCAACUUUGUCAGUGACAGCAACAACAACACGUUUACGUUUAUAACCUCUCUGGUUUGACCGGGACAUUUUAAAGAAUGCAAUUCUGCAACACAACACAUUCCUCUUAUUCCCCUUCACCGGUGCCCCACUCAGGCUCACUCCUUCCCCCAUCCAUGACGUGAAGUGUUUACCAGAAACUUCUCCCAUUACUGGGUGGAGGAGAAAAGAAAAGACAAGAAGAAGCUUCUGUGGGAGUGAUUUUUUUUUAGUCCUCCCAGAUGGCUAAGAUACUUGGUGUGACUGUAGCAGUUUGGGAAACUGCUUGUUUACAAAAGAGGGCUGGUGAUGCACAGACCGACGACAGCACAAUGACGAACGAGGACACAAAAGCACCAACGCUGAGAUCACAGACAUGCAGUCACUUAGCGAUCACAGCACCCAGCAGGAUGCAUUUUAGCAGUCCUCUCCGUGUCCGAAUCCAAGCUGUGUUUGCCAGCAGGGACACUUGUGAUAGUUCUUUUCAGGGAGCUUCAUUGUAAAUGUGUGUAAUUAUUUUCUAAUGUGACAAUCCUUACUGAAAUUCCUCACAGACUGACCUUUCUGAGUGCUCGCAUUCACAAGAGGUUUUUAGCAGUUUUACUAAUGAUCAGAGCCAGCUAAUGAAUAAGGCUAUAAUUUAGGAGGCAAGCCAUCAAGCUGGCAUGUUUAUUGCUGUCAUUUGCUAUAGCCCCUUCUCAUUUAUGCAUGAAAAGUCAACAGUAACCUUUCCACGCUGGGCUUUUGUCUUCUUUUUUCCCCCUCUUUUUUCCAUCCUGUGAGAUUUCUAAAUCUUCAGCUUUCAAAAUUAACACUGUGAUAAAUGUGUGGCCAGGGACAAACACACAUUGUUCAUGCAGCACUUUUUCAUUUUUGUAGUGCAUUUUUAAAUAUUUAGUCUAUAUAAAGCUGUUGCAUUAUUAUGUUUGUUUGUACUUGCUGUGAUCUUUUUUUAGUCAAGAUUUUUUUGCAAAUGCAAUUUUUCCACGAGCCCUUGCAAAAAUGCAGUUGGGGCCUCAUUAAUGAACCCAAACUGUUUUAAGAAAAUAAGCUACUUUUUAAUCUGUGCUUAAUGUGUGCUACUGUCUCAAGAUGCAUUGUGAUUAUUACUAUGAGAUGAAACUAUUUAUUUUCCAAAUGAGAUGAAUAAAAAUUGCCCUC